AUGGAACAAGGAUGGGCGUGGUGUGGGGAGGAAUUCCUGGACCCUGGCGUGGGAGAUCUCGUAAUAAAUCAGCCUCAAUACCUAAAUCAGCUUAGUUCAACAAGAGAUAUCGCCAAUCUGUCGAAUUCUCAACCUGCCCGAGGAUUUCCGUUAUUCGAUGAAUGGAGUCCCAAUUAUUACAAUGCAAGUGGACAUGACCUCACAAACCCUGAAAUACAGAAAUCAGCUCUUCAAAACACAGGAGAUACUCAACAUCAGAACUAUGAAGGUAAUGUUCCUUUCACUCAAGGAUUUGGGAACUCGUAUCUCACCGAUUUCAAUCCAACUAUCUUCCUGGAGUCAGUGGCCCAAGAAUCUAUAGGUUCUCAAAACGGGAAUUCACCUCAAGAAGGGAUUUCUGGUUCGAAUCAAACAAUUACUGCUCCAGAACUAACCUCAACGAAAAAACGGGUCCCAAGCCAGUUAUCAACCAAACCGAAAUCACCAGAAGAAGCCAAGGACAUUUUGGAUACACCGAUUACAGCCACUGACAUCAGUACUUCUUGGAUUAUAGAAAAAACAACGUUAUGGCUGCAAAAAACGAAGACCACAAAACAGCUGUUUUGUAAAAAUAUUUUGGACUGCGGCAUCAAAACGUUUCGCAAAUUUACCUCUCUUCAACAAAGCUGGGAAGAGAUUGAUACAGAAAAAUGCAAAAAAAUUUGCGUUAGAAUGUACAAUUUCAUACUGAUCCCCGACAGUAUCAAGCAUGUUUAUUUGAAAAUGAAUUUGCACAAUGCGAUAAAACAAAAGAAAACAGUGAAUAGAACAGCUUCGAGUUGGGUUGUGCCAAUUCAACAAAAUUAUCGUGUUUCUUAUGAGGAAAUCAACAAAUCAACAGCCCGUGAUUUACAUUUUAUAAAAAUGAGGGAGCUACGUAACAAGCUUGAUGAGUAUGAAAAAUUGAUUGCGACCAAUCCCAAAUCGUUGGAGGACGUGCAAAAAAUGCUUAAUGCCACCAUUCCUUAUACGAAUCUUAUUGAUACUGCGAGUGACCGAAUGGAAAUCAUAACUUGGCAACAGAGCACCAAUUGUGAAAUGGUUUACUCGGUAGACCGAAAUUAUUGGUUGUCCCAAGGAUUAUCUUGA